AUGUGUGUAACAGAUGAGUACUAUAUUACUCGUCAUCAUCAUUUUCAAUUAUGGGCAUGGGAUCCGGAGACCUCCACAUGGGAUUGCAGAUUCGAGACCCGUGAUUUUCCACAAGUCAACACCAACAUUCCACCCAAAGGUGCAGUAUUCCAUCAUGAUUGGCUAUAUCCAGUGUUUUUAAGCCAUAAAUCAUCUCCAACAGGACAAUUCAUUGUCAAAGAAUAUGAUAAUCGGCAUUUGCUUUUGUACAGUGUCUCCAGCAGGGAAAUCACGCAUUUCACUACACCGCCGGAUCUGGAAAGUAGCUAUACAUUAGAGCAUGUUACUUCUGAGAAACAUUAA